AUGUCGAAGUUCACCGAACUCUCGUGGGAAGAGGCUCUCCGCAGCCAUCAAAGAUAUCUUGCGGGUCUUCAUCAGGGCCCCUCCGGCAAUGCGCUUGACUACAAAGCCUUCACAAGGGAGCUUGAUGCUUUGCGUCAGAAACAUGAAUCGAAGCUUGUCCAUCGCUGCGUCGCUAGACUGCAGCCGGCCUUUGAGCAACUUGAGUCUCUUCAAUCCGCUUUCUCAAGCAUUGCACAGGCACACAGCACAAGCACGGUCGUUUGGGGUAUCCUGCAAAUCGUUGUGACGGUGAGCCAAACCAAUACCUCGAUGUUCUCGCGCUCCAAAACUGUUGGAAGAACUUACGACCACGGUUACGCGCCUCAACCGUUACGUUAUUUUGUUGCCGUCCAGUGUCCUGCUGAAGGAGCUGACCUGUCGAUUCAUAAAAACUAUGUGGAAUGCUGUGUCUGCGCCCUGAAAUUCUACCGACAUGGCACAUUGCGCAAUCUACUUAAUUUCAUGUGGAAGGAUGUACGCAGAACGUUUACCAACGUCAAAGGCCACAUUGAAAGUCAGAUCGCCACGUUUGAAAGGGAAUCGCGUAUUGAGAUUGACGAAAUAUUGGUCUCUCACGCUCGACAGCAGGUGGUAAAGAAAGCCCCUCGGACCUCCAUAUUCAGUGUUCCAUUCAGUGAGAAUGAGUACUUUUGUGGGAGAGAAGAUGUUCUCCUGCAGAUUCACUCUGUGUUAUCCCCCCCUGAGAAGGCCAAUUCUUCGCGACAAAGAUCUUGCUUGCUUCAUGCAAUGGGGGGCAUGGGGAAAACGCAGUGUGCUCUUGCUUAUGCCUACCGCCAUCGAUCCGUAUAUCCAUAUGUCUUCUGGUUGGGCGCUCAGAAAGAACCAGAUUUGGGUGUCUCGUUCUCAAACCUGGCCACUACACUCGAACUUCAAGAUGUCGACAAUCUGGGCCAGGGGAGAAAGAUCAACUUGGUGCGUGAAUGGCUCGAGACAACAGAGGAGAAGUGGUUGUUGAUUUUUGACAAUGUUGAAUCUUUCGACACUAUCCGGCCCUACUGGCCCUCAGCCAGCCACCGUGGUUCCAUUCUUGUUACAAGUCAACUGGCUGGGCUGGCGCAGGUCAUAAGGUCGCAUAUCCCUCUGCAGCCACUACCUGUGGAAGUGGCGUCGGAGCUACUGCUAGACCUACUUCAGAUCAACUCUCCAACUGCCGACGACAAGCAGGCAGUCUCGACCAUCGCCAACCAAGUGGGAGGCUUACCCAUUGCCAUUGCCCAUAUUGCCGGCUCGAUGUUCUCAUCUCAACUUACUACUCAAGAAGCAAUUAAUCUGUUUGACAAACAACGACUUCAAGUCAUUUGGGCAACGGAAAGGACCUGGUCGACGCAUGUCUAUGAUCAGCAACUGAACAAGGUCUGGGAUAUUGCUUUGAGAGAGCUAACCCCAGAUGCCCUGCAUCUACUCGACAUUUUAUCCCUGCUGAGUCCAGACGCCAUCCAGGAAGCAAUGCUCAUGGGAGCUAAGGACAUUGGGGUGUUCUCUGAGGACUUUCUCGAAAGGAUCUUCCCAGAAAUACGAUCCAAUCUGAGCAGAAGACAGCUUGUGCAACGCAAUACAGCGAGGUCAGAACCGUAUUUGUCUCUUCACAGAUCCCUCCAAAUCAAUCUUCGCAACAGCCUCGGCAAGAAUCCGCAGAAGUACGAUGCCAUAUUCAGAGAGGCUGUCUGGUUGGUUCACAAGGUUUUCCCGGUUAUGAACAAGACCAUGAAAUGCGAAAAUGAAAAUUGGGGUGUCUACGAAAAGUAUCAACCGCAUGUCCAAACGCUCCAGACGAUUGCGCGAAAGUCACCGAUCCCCAUUGGUAAAGUUCCAGUAUUUGCUCAACUGCUGGCGGAUGCCGGGAACUAUUACUGGGAGCGUGGUCUCCUUGAAAUUGGCAUAGCGUCCUGUGAAGACUCAGUGUCGACAUGGCAAGAAGUUCACAAUCCCGAUCUCAUGGCUCUCUCACAACCACUGACUCUGUGGGGUCUUAUGGCAAUCGAAAUGGGAAUCACUCAACGGAAAAUUGGGAUGGACUGCUUCAUCAGGAGCUUGAACCUCCGGAACCGCUAUCUGCAGCAAGCUGACCGUGGCGGGACCCGGGAUGAGAAGUUGCUCUACUGCAAUGCCUGGAGUGACUAUUCGAUUUGUCUCCUCGAGUUCGGCUACUAUGCCACCGCCGAGCGAUAUCUCAGGCUGACCCUAGCAUUGAAGAGCCAGCAAGUCACCGAGGUCACUUAUCCUCAGAUGUUUGGUAUCUCCUAUGGUCAUGUGGCAACCAUGUACGCCAGUCGUCGAAUGUACAACGAGGCCAAAGCAUUUUCUGCCCGCUGCGUGAAAAUGGCGGCCCUGACCUACGAGACACAUUCUGCGGCCAUGCAAAAAUUUCUUUUCUUUCAGGCCAACCUCUGGCUUGAAGCAGGUGACCUAGAAGCCGCCUUGGAGUCGCACCUGAGCAUUCUCAAGGAACGCGUCGCAAUCUUUGGUAUUUUUGGCACGCACACCCGGUACAGCUACUAUGCCCUCGGCGCAACUUACUACGCACUGGGAAAUCUGGAAAUGGCCGAGUAUUCUGCCCCUUGCACCGUCAAGCUCUACACACGCUAA